GGGAAUUCCCAGCAGGGCGGAAGCACUGGAACGCACGGCAAAGCCCAGCGACAGGCGGGCGACCACAGGGGGCCACCCGAGGUGGCUGGGGCCAUGGCUGGGGUCGCUUGCUUGGGAAAAACUGCGGAUGCCGAUGAAUGGUGCGACAGCGGCCUAGGCUCUCUAGGUCCCGACGCAGCGGCUCCCGGAGGACCAGGACUGUGCGCAGAGCUGGGCCCGGAGCUGUCGUGGGCGCCCCUGGUCUUUGGCUACGUCACUGAGGAUGGGGACACGGCCCUGCACUUGGCCGUGAUACAUCAGCAUGAACCCUUCCUGGAUUUCCUCUUGGGCUUCUCUGCCAGCACUGAGUACCUGGACCUGCAGAAUGACCUAGGCCAAACAGCCCUGCACCUAGCAGCCAUCCUGGGGGAGGCAUCCACGGUAGAGAAGUUGUAUGCAGCCGGCGCAGGAGUGUUGGUGACUGAGCGAGGGGGCCACACCGCGCUGCACUUGGCCUGCCGCAUGAGGGCACACACGUGCGCAUGCGUGCUGCUCCAGCCCCGCCCCAGACGCCCAAGGGAUGCCUCAGAUACCUACCUCACUCAGAGCCAGGACCAUGCCCCAGGCACCAGCCAAAACCCUGUUGUUGUGAACCCUCAACCUAACCCAGAGGACGAAGAGGAGCCAAGUGAUGAAGACUGGAAGCUGCAGCUAGAAGCAGAAAACUAUGAGGGCCACACCCCACUCCACGUAGCUGUCAUCCACAAAGAUGCAGAGAUGGUCCAGCUGCUCCGGGAUGCUGGAGCUGACCUCAAUAAACCGGAACCUACGUGUGGCCGGACCCCUCUGCACCUGGCGGUGGAAGCCCAGGCAGCCAGCGUGUUGGAGCUUCUCCUGAAAGCUGGUGCUGACCCUACCGCCCGCAUGUAUGGGGGCCGCACCCCACUUGGUAGCGCCCUGCUUCGGCCCAACCCUGUCCUUGCCCGCCUCCUCCGUGCACAUGGAGCCCCUGAGCCUGAGGAGGAGGAGGAUAAGCUUGGCCCUUGCAGCAGCAGCAGCAGCAGUGACAAUGACAGCGACGACAGAGAUGAAGGCGAUGAAUAUGACGACAUCGUGGUCCACAGUGGCAGGAGCCGAAACCGGCUACUUCCCUCCCCAGCACCCAAACCUCUUCCUGAUGACCCCAACCCCACCUGACUUAAGUUUUAAUAUUAAUAUAAUUUACAGUUUAAUAAAACUUUAAAGCUGACAAGCAGCGCC